CUUCAAUGGCUUGUUUCAUCGUGCUUUUAACAGUUAUUGUUGGUGCAUUUGCAGUCCAUACAAAUGGACAAGGCGAAAGAUUUGAUAAAUAUUACGCUCCUUUGUGGGGGUUCAAUCACCUAACAAUUAACCCCGCAGGAAAUCAUGUCAACCUUACAAUGGAUCAAUCUUCAGGGGCUGGAUUUAGGUCCAAAUUGGAGUACGGGUCAGGGUUGUUCCGUAUAAAGCUUAAAAUACCGGACAAAAGGACUGGAGGAGUUCUUACAAGCUUCUAUUUGACUUCAGCACCAGAUGGACAAGACCCUGGGAACCACUUUGAACUUGAUUUCGAAUUUUUGGGCACAAAUGGGACAGUGCAAACAAAUGUAUACGACAAUGACGGUGGCCACAGAGAAGAAAGUUUUAAACUUUGGUUUGACCCUUCAAAGGGUUUUCACACUUAUAUGAUUCUUUGGAACUCCAAACAUAUAGUGUUUCUUGUGGAUAAUAUUCCAAUUCGAGUUUUUAAGAAUUUGUUGGGCCGUGGAAUACCUUAUCCGACCAGGCCCAUGCACAUCGAAGCAAGUAUAUGGGAUGCGGAUUGGGCCGGUGCUGUGGACUGGUCUCAAGCCCCAUUUACGGCCGAAUACCAAGAUUUUGCUUUUUGGGCCUGUUCAGGCGACACAUCAGCAUGCGCUUCAGAGCAAUACUUCUGGAACAGGCGCGAAUAUUGGGACCUCAAUAAUCAGCAGAAAAGCACUAUGGAGCGGUACCGAAGAUCGUUUAUGACUUAUGAUUAUUGCGGCAACCCUUCAACUAGCAAGCCAGAAUGUUCUCUCAACGCAUAAUGUCAUGAAAUAGAGAGCUAAUUUAGUUGGUCUACGAGAAGUAUACAUUAAUAUUUAUUAUUGCUGAUUUUUUGGCAAUGAUAUGGAAUAAUUAGUAUUUCUCAAGUGAGAAGUUGGAACAAUUGUUUAAGUGUUUAAUUUGAUCAGAA